GGUCCUUGGGCUCCGUUCAUUGCUUGGUUGCUCUCCGAGUCGGCACAAAGCAGGGGGCAGGCUGGGCUGGAACAAUGGCUGGCACCCAGCCGCUGGGGCAGGAAGGUCAGUGGUGACGGGGCCGCGGGCACUCCAGGGCGCAGACCGAUUCCGGGGGGCAGGUGGAUGGAUCUGCCCAGAGAGGCACCAGGGCACGGUCCAUGCUGGGAACCUCCACCUGCUUCCAUGAGCUACCAGCCACGUCCUCCUCCUCCAGCAGCGGCUCUCUACAUCUUCCCUCCUUUGGCCUAAACUCCUUCCCUCUCUGGUUUAGUUCCCCCUCCACCAGUACCGCCUCUGCCAAAGAAAGUCCUGCCUUCCUCCGGGGCAGGAGAACGAAGCCACGCUACAAAUGGGCUUGGGCCACCAGAAGAGGGGACGCGCUCAGCAGAAGUUACCACCCAUCAUGUGGACGGACCUGGUGUUCCACCUUUCACCAUGCCAACCACCGCUGGAAGACCUCCCACUGGCGAAGGCAAGAGAAGCCUGGAGAUCGGCUGGGCCCCCAGGGCAGGUGGCAGACUCCUCUGGUAGGGGGCACAGGACGGGCAGGCGGAAGGAGAGAAAGAAGCUAGCUCCUCGGGCCAUGGCCCCCAUCCUUGAACACAGGAGAAGAGGAACAGGGUCUUCUCCACCCAGCUGCAGCACUUCAAAGACCUCUGCAGAGGCCCUGUCUGCUCCACAAGCGCCCAGAGAUGCAGCCAGCAGGGAGAAGCCCAAGCUCAGGAAGCUCUUGGUCGACCUUCGCCCCAUCCUGGAGAACGUCAUGGAGCCCUGGGACUCUUGGGAGGGGUGUUCAGAGACAAGGAGCGUCCGUAGCAUUGGGUGUUCUCCCCGGGAGUGUGGACAGCCCAGCAGGGGAGGCCGCGACAGCAGAGGUGGAGCCAGCGCCGCUGAAGAUCAGACUCACCGGGUCACCUCUCUGCCUCCCAUAGCAGCCCAGCCCAGAGACAGCGGUCAGGCUGCCGUGGCAUGUAAGCCACCCCUUAGCCAGGCGCAGGCUCCGAGAGACGGCGCACUCGCCCGCCGGGCUGCUCCGAGGCGGGAGCCCACGGCUCCAGAGACCUUCCCGAAGAUCAGCCUCCAGCCAGAGCCAGCAGAGCAGCUGCCGCCCCCUGAGCGGAGCAGCUCAGCAGAGACGGCUGGAGCUGGCAGCCUCCUGAGGCCAGAGCACUCCCCAGACAUCCAGCUCCCCACCCGCCUGCUCCUGCAGCGCCUCCAGGAGACCACGACCAGCCAGAACCACCAGCUGAUCGCUCAGGCGCUGCAGGCUCUGCGCAAGGAGCUGCAGGGGGAAGCGCCUGCCUCACCCAGCGAAGGGGAGAGGUGGCGUUUGCUCCGGGAGCCUGCACUGAAGAGGAAGGAUGAUGCCAGGAGGAGGAACAGGAAGGCCGUGGGGCUGCAUCCUCGGGCUGCAGAGAGGAGACUGGUGAAGCUCACCUGGAGGACAGGCAGCCCCAUUGCCGGCUACACCACGGAGGCAGCCUGCCCCCAAAUCCACCGCUGAGAGCCCCACACCGAGAGCAGCUUCAGCCAUGCAAACCUGCUCAGGCUCAUGUCAGAGCAGCACCGCUCCACUCGAAGAGAAUACAGCAAGCCCAGCGCAGUCAGGAGCAGAGCCAGAGAAGAUCCGGGGGAAGGGGAAUAAAGAGGAUUCAGAGGUUGCUGGAUCAGUUGGCCCCAAGACGGACACUUCUCACCCAGCACAGGACCCUCCGGGUCAGCAGGUACAGAGAAGAGAAUCCAGUGGUUAGAGGUGGGGAGGAGCAGUCAGGACUCCUGGGUUCCAUCCCAGCAACCACAGGCAAAUCGCUUCUAC